AUGAAGAUUUAUAAUUAUCAUCAUUGUUUAAAUGGUGGAAAUGUUGCAGAUUUUUUUGGAAUAACUAAAGAUCCUAGUUCGAAUUACAUGUUUGUUAUGAAAUACUAUGAAUAUUAUGAACAUUUAGACUUAUAUUCAUUUCUUGAUGAAACCCAAGGAAUACUUUGUUGGAGAGACAUUGUUUUAAUGCUUUGGCAAAUAUUUGGAAAAAUCAUACAUUAUCACGAAAAGGGAUUAAUUCAUGGAAAUAUUCAUGGAGGAAACAUAUUGGUUGAAGUUAAACCGGAUUCUCGUCCAACUACAUCUGAAUUAUAUGAAAAGUUAGAAACUUGGAUAAGCGCUAUUGAUGGUCCUGAUCCAUCGGAAUUAUCCGAAGAGCUUUCAAAUUUGAAAAAAAGCAAAUUUGAUCAACAGAAUGUCCAUUCUGAAGCUUUUUAUACAAGCAGAUUUUUAAGUUUUUUAAGAUUAUGA